CUCUCUCUCAAAAAGAGCACCGGCAACAGUGAAGCGAUAUCGACAACCAAGCACAUCCCUAUUUCCGAUCGAAAAGUAUGGCCAAAGUAUCGCCCAUCAAGUUCAAGAGAGUAGCUGCCGCUUUCGACGAGGCGGCUCGCCUCUGCGAGAGCAGCGGGAGUGAGCACUCGCCGUCAUCGGAGAGCUUCGCCGAUCUCUCUGAUCUGGUGAUGUCGUUCAUGGAGAGAGAAGGAAAGGUCGAAGCUGAAGAGGAUUGUGAUGAUGAGAAGUUGAUGAAGGAGGAGUGUGAGGGCAAUAAUUUCGAUGAUUGUCUGUCCGAUUCCGAUGAGUCGCCGGCCAGGGAGACGUUGGAGGAGAUUCUCGCGACGGAUUACAAUGGUGACGAAGUGAAGGCGAGGAUUGGAGCCGAAGUUGAGCUUGCUUGCGAGUUCAUCGGGAGGGAUCAUGUGGAUAUGCCGUCGCAUGAUUUUAAGCGACGGUUAAUGGCUCGUCUUCGCGAGAGAGGCAUUGACGCCGGUCUCUGCAAAUCUAGAUGGGAGAAGACUGGGCGAUUACCGGCCGGAGAUUACCAAUACAUAGACAUCAAUGUAGACGAUACUCGCUACAUCAUUGAGGUGUCCCUAGCAGGAGAAUUCGAAAUCGCUCGCCGGACCGAUGGCAUGGCUUCAUUGCUCAGAUUAUUUCCUCCGAUAUUCAUUGGCCGGCCCGAGGAGUUGAAGCAAGUGGUGAGGAUAAUGAGCACGGCGAUAAGGCAGUCCUUGAAGAAGAGGGACUUGCUAGUGCCUCCAUGGAGGAAAAAUGGCUACAUGCAGAACAAGUGGUUCAGCUCCUACAAGCGGACCACCAAUAGGGUUCCGAGCGCAGACGGCAAAGUCAUAUCUCGGGACGGUCCAGUUGCAAAACAUCUCAUCGGAUUCGAGGCCUCUAGAGUAAUAAAUGACUGUUUUUGUCGCGAGGAUUUCGCCAGAAAGACUAGGUCGAGAAUGACUGGGAACUUAACCGCGGAUUUCGACGGCCACGACACCAGCUUGCAUCUCUAGUUCGAGCCGUGGCAUCAGUUAAGGCUUGCUUCUUCAGAUGAUUGAAGUUUCUCUCCAUUUAUAGGAUUUUUUUCUAUAGGGAGAUUUCCAUGGACAAUCUCUGUAUAUAGCGAGAUUCUUCACCGACUCCUUCAAGAUCUCCUCCGAGCUCUCGGUCAGAAGUUGGAGCUUGAUCAUGUUGCAGGGAGGUUGGACCUUUGCUGUUUCAAGAACUAUAAUUGGAACCCUAAGCAAGCGGAGUCGACGCCCUAUGUCCAUAAUUUGAACCUUCGCGCCGACGGGUCGACAUGCUCUAUUUCAAGAAGCCAAUCUCGGACCCUUGAAACAUAGAUGGUCGACCCUCUGCACCGAC